AUGAAUGGGAAUGAAAACGACUCUGAAGACCGGCACGGUUGUCUGUGGCACCGAUUUCGCUGUUCGAGGCUUGGCGUUUGUGCCAGGAUCUAUCGACGUGUUAUUCGGAGAAAAGUGGCACCAGAUCGUGUCGACUGUAAUGGCAAAUCUACACCAAGAAGCCGUGAGUCUCGUCGAAGGAUCAACCGCCCACCAUCAGCCCAGUACAGCGCACUCGGCGAAAAGAUCCGCAUCAGCACACCGCCUGCACUGCAGUGUGCAUUAUUCUGCGGUGGAGCGAGUUGUCCGUAUGAGCUGCCGCAAAAACGAGACACUGCCAUACAGGGCUUGUACUCACAUUGGGUCACAGACGAUAUUUUGGCGAUGGCGCGACCCAGCACCGCAAGCAUUGCCGCCAGAAAUAUCAUACAGCAAUUUCAUAGCUGGGGCAUCCGCACGGUGAUCAACUUGCAAACGCCAGGUGAACACGCCAGCUGCGGGCCUCCUCUCACCAGUUCCGGCUUCACUUAUGAUCCCACAAUAUUCAUGGCCAACGAUAUAUAUUAUUACAAUUUCGCGUGGCCAGAUUAUGGAGAAGCGAGUCUCAGCGGAUUAUUGAACAUGGCGAAAGUGGUGUCCUUUGCGUUAGAAGAGGGAAGAGUCGCCAUACAUUGCCAUGCAGGGCUAGGCAGAACUGGAGUACUCAUAGCGUGCUAUCUAGUGUACGCUCUGCGAGUCCGUGCCAAUGACGCUAUACGCCUCGUGAGGAAGAAGCGGCCGCGCUCCGUGCAGACUUCUGGGCAAAUUUUGUGCGUACAGCAGUUCGAACAUUACAUACUGCCGCAAACGGCUGUGUUUAGUUCUAAGGAACCGCUGAUGUUAACAACGCGAGAUCGUAAAUCUGCCGAAUUUACACUCAAGCAGUAUCUCUUUCGGCAGCGGGCAACUCUUCAUGGAUUAGAGGAACGAGUCUUUAGAGAACUUCCCAAGAUAGUGUACUGUAUUUGCGAGAGACUGCUCAAGUUAUGUGGCUGUCAUCAAACCGCCGGCCAAGACUUCCGCGUACGGAACCGUCCAUUCUACAAAACUUUCUUAGCCUACAAACUGAAAAAGAACAAACCUCCCGAUCCUGUAACUCCAGAAGAAAUUCCCGCAGGCCAUGUGACAACAUUGCCUAUGGUGGAAUGGCGAGAUCCAGUAGAGGAGGAUGUAGAAAGAAGCUUGGAGUCAGUUAGUACGAUCACAGGAUCUUCCAGUGGUGGAAGCAUACCCGCCGUAGAUAUACAUAAGGCAUUCAUUUUGGAUCACCAAAGUCUUCCAGACGAGAAACAGAAAUACCUUAAGCAGCUACGUAAUGAGAUUAAUCAGAGUCGAGAAGCUAUGGACAAGAUUUAUGAUGAGGAAGAUCCCAUGGUGCUAUCUGGACUUCUUCUCGAAUGGUUGGACGGCCUGAAGCAACCAGUUCUUAAUCGGGAAGAUCUUUCCCUGAUAGUCGCGCGUGCGAAUAACGCAGAGCAUUGCAUAAUGGCAUUGCAAAUGGAGGACAUCUUGCUUAUAGAAUACCUGCUACGCUUUAUUAUACGCCUUCGACCGUUAGCAGCCAACAAAAAGAUCGACAUAAUAAAACGCCUGCUUGCUUCCCUCACGCAUCAGACUAUUUUAAUUGGCGGGACAUUUCUUCCCAGUGGCAGAGACUUCCCAAGACUGCGUGAUGGAACGUGCAGUCAAGUUAUUAACUUCAUGCUAAGGAUGAUCGUAGAAAUACAAAAGGAUAUUUUGAAACCCGGAAGAGAUGACACUGAUGUUGUCAUUCCACCACGAAGAUUAAGAAUAAAGGCUUGGAAAUAA